GAGGUGAUGAUGCCUUCCCCCACCCCCGACUUCAACUUCGACAGCGCCUCCACCACCCCUUACAUGAGCACCUCCACCACCCCCUACAUGAGCGCCCCCUCCAGCCCCUCCAUCCCCUUCCUCUGGGAAUCCUCCCCCGGCACCCCUAAAUCCACCUACGACGACGCCGACUUCGCCUUCGACUUCAGCGGCCACCUCUCCUCCGCCCCCUCCCUCCCCGCCGACGAGCUCUUCCACGCCGGCAAAAUCAAGCCCCUCAAACCCCCUCCCCGCAACCUCUACUCCCCCUCCAACUCCCCACGCAAGAACAUCUUCUCCCCCCGCCACAAAUCCAGGGACCACGGCGUCGACCCCUUCGCCGCCGCAAUCAAUCACACCACAAAAGAAGCCAGCACCGACAGAAGAGGAAGAGACAGAACCACCAGAAACAAAGGCUCCUCCUCGCGAUCGCUCUCCCCCUUCCGCGUCUCCGACCUCUUAUUCGAGCCCGAAAACGAAACCACGCAUCAUAAUCAAUCGAAACCGAACACCACCUCAGUGUUCUCCUCGUCGUUCUGGUACAAGAAGUGGAAGAUCAAAGACCUCCUGCUAUUCAGAAGCGCGUCGGAGAGCCGCGCCAAGGAUAAGGACAAUAUGAAGCAGUACUCGAAGCUGAAGAAGCCGGAGACGACGCUGAAUCGAAACGACGACGUAAAGAACUCCAGCUUCAGAUCGACGGAGAGCGUCGGGUCCGUCUCGAGCCGGAGAAGGACGGGGCCGCCGAUCUCCGCGCACGAGCUGCAUUACACCGUCAACAGAGCCUUUUCCGAGGAGAUGAGGCGGCGGACGUCGCUGCCCUACAAGCAGGGAUUGCUCGGCUGCUUAGGCUUUAAUCCGGCGCCGCCGGAGAUCUCCAAAGGCGCCGCUUCUAUGCCCCGCGUUUGAGAACACACCAUUUUCUUUUUUAUUUAUUUUUUGGGUUUAUUUUGAUAGUAGAAAAUUGUGUUGUAUGUAGAGGAAUAAUAAUUUUUAUUUUUAUUUUUAUACGUUUGAUGAAAUGAAACAAUUCAAUUUGUACACGUAAUGUUUUGAAAUUGAAAGCCAUCUUUCGGGACUA